AUGUUGCAAAUGAAACUUAUCCGCAAGAGCGCAACGCCGCAGAACGCUGCCCGAGCGCUUCAGCACAGGCGAUUCAAUCAUCAUGUGGUGCCGCUCAUCAUCAAUGGUCGUGAUGUCCACGGCGAAGAGUUCGAAAUCAAAACACCAUUGACAAACAGGCCAAUCUGGAAUGCGACAGCUGCCUCUCCGCAAAACGUUGAAGAUGCUGUCAGCAGUGCCCAGGCUGCCUUCCCUGCGUGGGCAGCCACCAAGCCUAGCGAAAGGCGGGAUAUCUUUCUACAGACCGCCGAUAUAAUGGAGAAGAGGAAGAACGAGUUCACUACCUACAUGCAUCAAGAGAUCGGUGCUAGUGAAGAUAUGCAAAACUUCAUCUUUGGUCUAUCGAUAGAAGGUCUGAAGGAUACUGCUGGGCGCAUCGCUGGCGCCGUCACCGGGACAGUGCCUCAAUCGAAUCACAAGGGGAUGCGCGCGAUCAUUGAAAAAGUUCCUUACGGUGUGGUAUUGGGUAUAGGUCCGUGGAACGCUCCUUUCCACCUGGGUCUUCGAUCCUUUACAUUUCCACUAGCUGCAGGCAAUACCGCCAUUUUCAAGGGACCUGAGAUGGCGCCGCGAUGCGCUUGGGCAAUCGCCGAUGCCUUUCGCGAGGCGGGACUCCCUGCAGGCUGCUUGAACUUGAUAACUCAUAAGCCAUCUGGCGGAGCGGACAUAACGGAGCAGCUGGUAGCACAUCCGAGCGUCAAGAAAAUCAACUUCACUGGCAGCACACGUGUCGGUAGAAUCAUUGCGGCCAGUGCUGGACGACAUCUCAAGCCGGUGUUAAUGGAACUUGGCGGAAAGAACAGUGCUAUUGUUCUACCAGAUGCAGACAUGGAGAAGGCUGCCACACAAUGUGCUUUGGGAGCCUUCAUGAACUCAGGACAAAUUUGCAUGUCAACCGACCGGAUUCUUGUGCACAAGUCAGUGGUCUCCAGAUUCAAAACAGCCUUUGCAGCGGCAAUCGAGAGGGAAGUUCUGAGCAAGCCUGACAUGGGGCCUGUAUUAAUCAACACCGCAUCCGCGGACAAGAACCGUGGUCUCAUAGCUAAUGCUCUGGAGCGGGGAGCUUCCUUGGAAUAUGGCUCUCAGGGGGCUGAGAGUCAGGUGCCAACACGAAUGCAGCCUACAGUGAUCUCUGGUGUUGAUAGCACGAUGGAUAUUUACCAGACCGAAGCUUUCGGGCCCAGCGUCUCAUUGUUCACUUUCGAGACGGAGCAGGAGGCACUGGAGAUCGCCAACAACACCGACUAUGGGCUUAGUGCUGCUGUCUUUACUUCGGACCUCCAGACAGGACUGCGGCUAUCAAGACAGCUAGAGUCCGGUGCCGUGCAUAUCAAUUCGAUGACAAUACACGAUGAAUAUGCCCUGCCACACGGUGGUGUCAAGGCCAGCGGGUUUGGCCGCUUCAAUGGGUACCAAGGACUGGACGAGUUCUUGUACUACAAGACGGUGACGUGGAUGGAUUGA